AUGGCGAGCAACCCCUCAGCUAAAGGCGAUGCCUACCAGAAAACUGGUUCUCCAUCGCAUGUUGACUCCCCCGAAGCUGGACCAUCUAGCACGUCCCCAAAGCCUCCUUCGGAUCGUCACACCCCUCCUGGUUCUCCUCCGGCGCAGGAAUCCGACGACUCCGACAAUCUACUUAUCAGGGUGGCUGUUCGCCGAAAUAAACGAAUCACAUUCAGGAUGGCGACGUACCACGAGAUACGAUACGAAGAUCUUAUUCGUACCUCAAAGUACCUAGUCAACGAGAUCCGUUCCAAGGCUAGGGAUGGCCGACAGCGACCCGCUUCGAUUGUAUGGUCCGUCGUCGCUGAAGUUGGGGUCUAUUUCGAUUGGCUAAGGGAAGGAGAAUUGUUCCCAGAACGAUCUCCUCCUGCAAAGAAGACGAAAGACUCCGUCGAACUGAGCAAUCCACAACAUAACUUCUUGACCUUGCUAAGCCUCUACACACUCGGGGAUCAUCUGCUUGAUGAUACCUUCAAGCGAGCUGUUGUCACUCGACUGACCAAGGAUCUGGAUGCGACGGAAAGUGUUGCCGACUUCUUCUUCAUUCUGUCGCCAAAAGUCACUGGAGAGAUCUGGGAAACCAAGCAGACUCUUGAUACUGAUUACCAGAUCAAACAACUCAUCAUUGACCUGAUUUUCUAUCGUGCGGACACCAAAGAACAGCAGGUUUUCCUGACGGGAGACGGUUAUCCUGAGGACUUUACAACCGCUCUAUAUGAAGUCUUCCCCUUCAGCGCGGUUCAAUCAGCAUUUCGCGUCAAGGAAUCGGAUCAACAAGCGUUGGCUUCGCCAUCUGCAACAUCUGAAUUGGCCAAUGAUCAGCCUGCGAUUCCUAGUCAGCAGAAUGACCCUACACAAGUUCUACAGAAUUUCGACCCGUUACCUUCAAUGCCUCUCGAAUUCGACGAGAACUUUGAUUAUUCGACUAUUGAUGACGAUUUGCUCCAGGAUAUAGACCUUGUUACCGUGCCUGUUGCCUUCGAUACGUAUCUCAAUUGGCUGCGUAAUAAUUCUCAGCCAGCUACCGAUCGCCUGCCCGACAUCAAUCUUGGACCAAAUAUCAAUCUUCAGCCAGGGAUCAAUCGUCAGAUAGCUGUCAGUAGCGGAUCGAGUGUCAAUCCUGAGCCGGGUAUCAAUCUUCAGCCAAGCCCUCCGCCGAAUGUGAGCCCUCAGUCGGAUCCCAUGCCUCAGACGGAUGUCAACACUCAGACCAAUACUAAGCCUCAAUCGGAUAUCAAGUCUCAGCCUGACGCCGCCUCUGAGCUAUCUCAACGUUCAGGAGGACCUGUGUUGGGUCCCGAGCUCGAUGUCGAUGGACUACCAGUAUCUAAACGGAAGAGGACUUGA